GUUCUUUAAACUGUCAUGCGCGUGCCUGUCAGAAAACGUUAAAGCUGCACACAAGUGAAUCCGUCAUUGGGAAAAAAAGCAAAAAUACGCGUAUUUGAAUUAAAUUUCGGCCAGUUUGGGACGACGUAGUUGUAAAUAAUGGCAAAACCCGAGCAGGUGCUGACGAUCGAACCGCAAAAUGAGCUUAGAUUUAGAGGCCCCUUUAGCGUACCAGUGACAUCUUAUAUGAAAUUAACCAAUCCAUCGGAUAGGAAAGUUCUAUUUAAAAUAAAGACUACCGCCCCCAAGAAAUACUGUGUUAGACCAAAUUCGGGAAUACUCGAGCCGAGCAGUAAUGCGGAAAUUGCCAUCUGUUUACAGCCGUUUGUAUUCGAUCCGGUCGAGAAAAACAAGCACAAGUUCAUGGUGCAGACGGUUUACGCGCCCGACUCGGAUGCGAACCUCGAGCAGUUGUGGAAGGACAUCAAUCCGGAGCAGAUGAUGGACUCGAAGCUCAAGUGCGUGUUUGAGCUGCCGCCGGAUCAGGCCGACGCGCCCGCCGCCGAGGAACCGGCUAAGGUCAGUCCGAAACCGACUCAGCAGACGUUCGUGCCGGCGGCUCACGAGAAUUUGGAGUUGGAGGAGGCGGCAGUCGAGGUACAGCAAUUGCGCGAGGAGGAGAGCCUGCUGAGGCAGGAGAAUCUGCGGCUCAAAGAGGAGAUCCUAAGAUUGAAGCACUCGGCGAACGUGGGACAGCCGCAGCUGUCGAAGUACACGCCGAACGCGGUCCAGCCGCAGGGAAUCUCCGUCGCUUACCUCGUCGCGGGCAUCGCGAUCGCGAUUUUCGGCAUCAUCAUGGGGAAAUUCAUACUUUGAACACCUACAGUUUAAUUGUUACGUGUACAGACAAAUACAGUGGCUUCUGAUCUUUCCACUAUUGUAUAUUAAUUUUCUUUUCCUCCUGUCUCGGUUUCUUUUACUUUGUUUGAUCGAAAUAAAAUAGGACAGCGACCCGCCGAGUAGGUUAUGUUUUUUCGGACCUUUUUUUUUUUAUUUCAAACCCUUCAUUGGCUAAUUGACGACUGUGAUGUGUGUGUGUGAGUGAAAAUUUCGUAUUUUCGUAUUGUAUAGUUUUAAAUUGAUGCACGCGUCGUGAGAACAGGGAUCGAAGCUACUCAGUUGAAAAACACACAAAUCAUAUUCGCAUCAGCGCAACUUGGGGAGGGGGAGGGGGGGCAUCCUUACUUAAGAUUGCAAUAUGUGGUAAUUUCAAAAAAAAUAUUACAGUAGUUGAGAUUUAAAGGAAGAAUAUCAUUAUACAAUAUAUGUACGUUAUACAGUUCCAUUUCAUUUGCAUUUCCUUUUUUUAGUUUCUUUGUUUUGGUAAUGGUUAGUUACGCACUUGCCAAGAUUGUGACAGUUUAUUGCAUGUUUUGUGUUAGCGAACACUAUAAUCUGUUGUAUUUGUGUUUCAUUUACCUUUCGUAGAUGUAUGUUUUGAAGACUAGGACGAUCUGCUGUUUUAGUUAAUUAGUUCGUGUAAUUUAUUUUUUUUAAUAAACUUGGCUUGGUGCAACUGUUCAUAAUGUAUUAUAUUAUAAUAAACUUCACGAUAACUAUG